GGGUUGAAUCAGCGCCUCGCUGGUCUGGUCGGUGCAGAGGAGGAGAUGGUGGUGGUGACGGGUCCGCGGCGCGGGACGCUCAGCGGAAUAUAAAGUGGACUAAAGAGGUUCAACGGGGCGUGCAGUUGAAUUGGAGGUGACGCUGGUCCAAGUGAUGAACCCUUUCUGGAGCAUGUCUACAAGUUCUGCUCGUAAGAAAUCUGAGAGUGACGAGAGGGGUGCUCCUGGAGAACAGAAAACUAGCCCUCCACGCACUUCAGUAGUCAAAAAGCAAUUGCCCGCUAUUCCAAAAAAUGCAGUUCCUGUUACAAAACCCAUUUCUCCUGUCCCAUCUGCACCAUCGACAAAUGGAACGCAUGCUUCAUAUGGUCCUUUCUAUCUAGAGUAUUCACUCCUCGCUGAAUUUACUUUAGUUGUAAAACAGAAGCUGCCUGGAGUAUAUGUACAGCCUUCAUACAGUUCUGCUUUAACGUGGUUUGGGGUGAUCUUUAUAAGACAUGGCUUGUAUCAGGACGGUGUGUUUAAAUUUACUAUUUACAUCCCUGACAACUACCCGGAUGGAGAAUGUCCGCGUUUGAUGUUUGAUAUGCCCGUCUUCCACCCGCUAAUAGAUCCAGCUAUUGGGGAAUUAGAUGUAAAAAGAGCAUUCACAAAAUGGAGGCGGAAUCAUAAUCACAUCUGGCAGGUACUGAUGUAUGCUCGCCGAGUGUUUUACAAGAUUGAUACAGUUAAUCCCCUGAACCCCGAAGCUGCAGUUCUGUAUGAAAAAGAUAUUCACCUAUUCAAAAGCAAAGUAGUCGAUAGUGUGAAACUGUGUAAUAGUCGUCUCUUUGAUCAACCUAAAGUGGAUGACCCCUAUGCAAUUAGCUUUUCACCUUGGAAUCCUACAGUGCACGAGGAAGCUAGAGAGAAUCUCUUAGCUCCAAAAAAAAAAACUGAAGAGCAGCAGACCAAAACCAUGCAUGUGUCUGGUCUUUCAUGGGUAAAGCCUGGUUCAACACAACCUUUCAGCAAAGAUGAAAACACUGUACAAACCUAGUACUUUCUGUCAUCAGCACAGCAGGCACUUUCUACCCGAAAAAAGGGAUGUGGACAAGGAGAGCUGAGGUGACUGUUUCUUGAGGGUGCAGACGUCUUGACUUGAAGGUUUUUUUUAAAACUGACUGUAAAAAUGUAAAACUGCUGAAGAGGGAUUCUUUCGUGUAGAUUUAUAAAAUUUUAAACUUGGCAGUUCAACUUUUAACAGUUUGUAAAUUGUUGUUUGGAACUUCUACCUACGUAAAUUUGGCAAUACAACUAUCAUAAUUCUGGUGGAUUUGGUUGGUGAAUUGAAUGUUUUUGUAUUACAAGUGAUACCAUUCUGCAUCACUGCCAUUGGUGAUAGGGAAGAUUUUUUUUUCAUGUUUUGGGGCUGGUGAUGAGGUAAAGAUGUCAAGUUUAGACGGUGAGCAAUCAGGCAAAUCAAUGAUUUUACAUAGCUGAUUUUUGACAGUAUUUUUGCGGUUUUCAUAAGCAUCAUGUUUGGGUUUUCUAUUGUAAAUAUGUUGGUAUGAUUCUGUAAAUAGCUCAUUUGAAGCCCAAUCGGCACUUUGAGGUAGAAAUGACAAUGGUGCUGGAGGUGAUUGUGGCACAGUGGUGCUUCCAUUUGACAAAAACUGGGAGUUUGUUUCCAUAUGUGUGCAAGUUGCUCUGUCACUCAAGCACACAUUGGAAUUUAUUUCAGUCAGUGCUGUAUAUGAAUGUGUAAACUAAUUUGAUUCAGAAAACUACUUCCAAUAUUAGUUUGUGUUCUGAUAAUCUUGUGCAAUAGACCAGUAAACAAAGUUACAUCCUGUUUUAUUGCAUUAGGUACUUUAUUGGGGUGCAUUUUAAGGGGGAGGUAUUUGCUGCCUAGCAAUGAAUGUCUAGUGGCUUAACCCUUAAAAUAAAAUUAAACCUGCAAUG